UCUGCAACUCCGUCGUUAAUAAAUUGGACUGAGAGCAAUGGUGGACAAGACCAAGGGAACACCUACGCAAUGGAGGGAGCUCCUCUCAAGCUUUACGGCAUGUGGUCGAGCUUUUAUGUCCAUCGUGUCCAACUGGCCCUCCAUCUGAAGGGCGUGGAGUACGAGUACAUAGAGGAGGAUCUUAGCAACAAGAGCCCUGCCCUCUUGCUCCACAACCCUGUACACAAAAAGGUUCCAGUCCUGCUCCAUGGUGAUCGUCCCAUCGCCGAGUCCAGCAUCAUCAUCGAGUAUAUCGACGAAUUCUGGAAGGCGAAGCCCAUCCUGCCCGCAGAUCCUUAUGAGCGAGCAGUCGUGCGCUUUUGGUGCCAUUUUGUUGAUAACACGCUACGUCCAUCAUUUGGAGUGAUCCUUCGUUCAUCAGGAGAAGGACAAGCGACAGCAGUUGACAAUUUUCGCCAAAACCUAAUGUUUCUUGAAACUGAGCUUCGUGAUGGCUCUUUCAAGGGAAGAAAAUUCUUUGGGGGAGAAAGAAUUGGCAUUCUGGACAUUGUUAUGGGUUGUGGCUUAUACUGGAAUUCAGCAUGUGAAGAUGUAUUAGGGAUGAAGAUAAUAGAUCAAGAGUCCUUCCCUUUAUUCACAUCCUGGUUUGAAAGUUUUAAUGAAGCUAAGGAGGUGAAGGAAGUCAUCCCACCAGCUGAGAAAUUGGUUGAGUAUGUGAAAGGCGUCCUCCAGAAAAUGUUCAAUUAGACAAAUAUUACAGUUUUUCAAUCAAGCAAUCAAUUCUGGAUGUUUUCCUACUUCAUUUGAAUCGACUAUUCGAGAUUCUAAUUUAUAUAGCUAAAAAGAACUUGGAUAUAUUUCUGUAUGAUUUACUACUUUAAUAAAAAUCAUCUCCUCUAUUUUUAUGUUCUUUUCC